AUGAAGCGCCUGCGCACCACAAAGCUAUCCAAGCAGGAUGAAGACACUACAACAAGGGCGAGGGUGAUCGAGCCGGAUAUCUGGCGAAGAGUGCUAUGGUUUUUGAAGAGGGAGGUCCCGGCGCCCUUGUCUAAGCCCGCAAGGAAGGAGGUGCGACAGGGAGAUCUCGUAGCAGUGAUGCUGGUCUGCACUACCAUCUACGAUAUUGCCGUUCCCCUCCUCUACUCUUCGGUGAUAUGCGAAAACCUCACCGCUCUACUCUACAUACACCCGGCGGCGGACUCAUCUCCCCGCCUGGCAGGCAAGGUUUCCCAUCUCGGCCUCGUCAAGCGUCUUUACCUCGAGCAGACGGACAAGACCCAUAUCCCGCGCGACGCGGACACCAUGUCGGACGCGUAUGAUGCGCAGCUCUCGGACCUGCAACGCGCACUGGACACUCCCUCCUUCUCCAACACUCCCGGAGCUUUCCCCAACCUCGAGACUCUGGCUCUGAGCUCCAUCUUCGGCCCGGCGGAUCAGAUGUCCUCGCACCGGUUCUGCCGUUCGCAUACGGCUCCCGAUCGGGGACGGCGGCUCCGUGAGCUGGCGGAUCUUAUGCCGCGGCUACUCCUCUCUCCCCGCUUGCGGCAUGUCUGCCAGCGAGGAGGUGGAGGUCUCCUCAACUUUCCAGCUCUUCUGCACGAUCCACCCCCAUCUCUCUCCUCGGCCGUCCUUACCACACACAUCCAGCCGGGAGAAGAGUACUGGUCUAUCCCGCUCGGUCAGCCCUGCAUCUGGGUCUUUGACUCGCCGGGUCGUCAUCCACACGCCACUGUUCGGAAGACGGUCGAGGCCGUGCUGAGCCUACUCGGCUCUAUGCGCCCCUGGUCAGCACAGCCCAAGUAUCAGCGCUUCCUCCUCACAAUCUACGCAUCAGACCAUCAGGUACCUGGCGGCGUGACAUUGACGGGGGGCUCCGCGAACUUUAGGAAGCUCCCUCCAGGCUGGAGAUGGAAUGGUGCUAGAGCUAUAUAUGAGCCUGGACAAGAGGUGACGGAUCUGCAGGAGGCAAUGAAGGCGAUACAAGGGAGGAUGGCCGGGUUUGGAGGCGGCAAGGACGAGAUCAAGUGGUUGCCCGGAUGUCAGGCGGGUCGGUGCAGCGCGUGCGAGCUGUAG